AUGAGAAGGGCGCUGGAUAGUCAAGCAGAGGUUGCUUUUAUCGGCGCUGAAAACGGUCGACGGCUUGGUUCGUCUUCAUGGCGCUUAGAACGAUUUGCGAACAGAGAGUCCCUCCCCUGUCAUCAGGUUCCAGAGGAGACUAUUUGGGCCUGGGGACGCAAGGAUACUGCAAGCCAGUCAUUACAUGGCUUUGGGGAUUGUUUAAACAUGCCUAGAGUCGAUCGAGGAUGA